AUGACUACGACUCUUCAUGAAAUAGCACUUGAGCCUCCGUUUAUAACCGUCGAAGGUAUUCCCAACUUUCGAGAUCUGGGCGGGUAUCCUCUCGCAUUGGAACCGAAUUCCCAUUCCGUACGACAAGGAGUUAUCUAUCGCUGUGGCGAGCCCCAAAGAGUUACCGAUAAUGGGAUAACUACUAUGCAGCAGCUGGGGAUCACUCAUAUAUAUGAUUUAAGAUCUCAGGCUGAGCUUAAUAAAAAUGCGGCAGCUGGUAGGGGAGGAGUGGUAGAGUGGGAGGGCUGUCAGCGGGUGUUCACGCCAGUGUUUCUGGAGCAGGACUAUAGCCCGGAGAGAAUUGCCAUUCGAUUUAGGGAUUAUGCUUCAAAGGGUACCGAAGGGUUCACUCGGGCCUAUACCGAUAUCUUGAACAAUGCUCCAACCUCAUACCGGACUAUCCUUCUCCAUCUUGCAAACGAACCUUCCAAGCCCCUGAUCGUCCAUUGUACGGCUGGUAAAGAUAGAACCGGUGUUCUUUGUGCAUUGAUACUAUCCCUCUGCGGAGUGGACGAUGAGGUUGUGGCUCAGGAGUAUAGUUUGACAGAAUUUGGGCUUCCGCAAGAGUGGAAGGCAGGAAUCAUCAAGCAUUUAAUGGAACACCCGGCCAUUAAAGAUGAUCAUGAAGGAGCAGCGAAUUUAAUUAGUUCCAAAGCUGAGAACAUGCUGGCUACCCUUGAGAUGCUACAUGAGAAGUUUGGUGGGGCAGAAGGAUACGUAAUAGAGAAGUGUGGUCUUACGGUUAAGGAAGUAGAUAAUAUUCGCAAAAACUUGAUCAUAGAAUCCCCGGCUGUUCACAAAGUCUCUUAUUAG